UGAUUCUUGAUUCACUGACAGCUGAUGGUAAUGUGAGAAGAUGGGGGAUUGGAACUUAUUGGGAAGUAUCUUGGAAGAAGUCCACAUCCACUCCACCAUCGUGGGGAAGAUCUGGCUCACCAUCCUCUUUAUUUUCCGGAUGCUCGUGCUCGGCGUUGCAGCGGAGGACGUCUGGGACGAUGAGCAAAGCGAGUUUGUCUGCAACACGGAGCAGCCUGGCUGCAAAAACGUCUGCUACGACCAGGCUUUCCCCAUCUCCCUCAUACGCUACUGGGUCCUGCAGAUCAUCUUCGUGUCCUCCCCCUCGCUGGUGUACAUGGGCCACGCUCUGUACCGUUUGAGGACCCUUGAAAAAGAGCGGCACAGGAAGAAGGCUUGUCUGAAAGCUGAGCUGGAAGGGACGGAUCCGGUGCAGGAGGACCACAAGAGAAUCGAGAGAGAGCUCAGGAAGCUCGAUGAGCAGAAGAAAGUGAGGAAAGCUCCGCUCAGAGGCUCAUUGCUUCGUACAUAUGUUUUCCAUAUCCUGACCAGGUCUGUGGUGGAGGUGGGCUUCAUCAUAGGUCAGUGUGCUCUCUAUGGCGUGGGACUGUCUCCGCUGUACAAGUGUGAGCGGCUGCCCUGCCCCAACAGCGUUGACUGUUUCGUCUCAAGACCCACAGAGAAGAAUGUUUUCAUGGUUUUCAUGCUUGUUAUUGCUGGAGUUUCUUUAUUCCUCAACCUCCUGGAGAUUUUCCAUCUGGGAGUAAAGAAGAUCAAACAAAGCUUGUAUGGAUAUAAAUAUGGAGAUGAUGACAGUGUGUGCAGGUCAAAGAAAAACUCCAUGGUGCAGCAGGGUUGUGUGCUCAGUAACUCCUCACCACAGAGGCUGAUGCAGCUCACACAGAUGACCUGCUCUGCUGUGUCUGAUCCUCAUGUGGAGGUGCUGCCUUUUAAUGCGGCCUUACUGGCCAAUCAGGAGGCUUCCUGCUCCACCCAGCAGCCGGCAUGCAUGCCCAGCCACAUGGACAUCCAGGGUUUGCAGCAUCUUGGCGCUGUGGAGCGGCGUCACACCCUGGACACCAGGAAGCCUUCCUGCAGCAGCGAGGAGUCGAACGGACCUCGCGGUUCAGGCAAGCCGCACUAUGCAGGACCCCGACCCACCCUGAUGGCCAGCCACAUGGAGAUCCCAGCAGCGCUGAGGAAGCAGAGCAAAGUCAGUAUUUACAAGGAGCUCAGCGACAUGAGUGAUUCUCCAGACAGUGACCACCAUCCCACUGCCAGGAAGUGCAGUUUCAUGUCCCGAGGACUGUCGGAGGCCAAGCUGGCCAGCCCGUCUGACAGCGGGGCCUCUCAGAGCGGGACAGAUGCCGAGGCCCAGCACCUGCACCAGGGGGAGAGUCCAGCAAUGACCCCGCCUCCUCCAGCCGGUGGGAGGAGGAUGUCCAUGAGCAUGAUUCUGGAGUUGUCAUCCAUCAUGAAAAAGUAAACUAAAAGUGAAGAGUUUGGGCCUUGAGAAGAUGUAGACAUCAGACCACCAAGCCAGCAUCAUCCCGACUCUCUGCAGGGACGCUGCUUACUGUAGCGGGAGGCUUCAGCACGCCACCAGCAUCAAACAGCCGACACACACUUCACUCCAUCAGCACUAGUCAGCAUCUGCUUAGCUUUACCUGGACAGACGGCCAUUUUGCUCCUCAGAUUUGUAGAUAGUUUUAGAGAAGUGAAUUCAGAUGUAGAUCAGCUGUUGUGUCAAACAUGUUUCCUCAUAAACCAGAACAUGAAACAGGGUAAA